AUGUCAUUUGACGGACGAAAUUUCGUAGGCAAUGCCUAUUACCAGCUCAAAGCAUCACCUCUCGGGGGCAACGGUGCCUUCGCCUUGAAGAACAUUCGAGCCGGUACACAAAUCCUUGUGGACGACCCUCUCUUCAUAAUCAACAAGCCGGAGCCACGAAUCACCGAGAGUGAUGUGGGCAAUGCGUACGCCCGUCUCGAUACCAGCGCCAAACGGCAGUUCGAUGCUAUGUGGGCAAUGCCGCUUCCCGGACGAUCUAGACUCCUAGCCGCCUUUCUCACCAACAAGUUCACGAUGGCCGGAUCCCACGCGACUGGCUGCUUCAGCCACGCGAGCCGCUUCAAUCACUCUUGCCAGCCGAAUUGCAUCAUGGGCCACACUUCGCAGAGACAGACGCAGUGCUACGUCUUCAGGGAUGUUGCAGCCGGGGAGGAGCUUACAUUCUCCUAUCACAAAGGAGCGACUACGCUGCCCACCAUUCAACGUCGCCAGUUCUUGUGGGAUGUUGGUAUUCGUUGUGCUUGCAUACUUUGCGCUACAUCGGACAGGGAGCGCGCGACAAGUGAUCAGCGCCGCACACUCAUGUGCUUCAUGUUCUUCAUAGGCAUGAAGACGCAUGUGGCCGAUGUCGAAGAGCAUGUUCCCAACAUCGACAGAACCUCAGUGCUCGUCCGAGCGACCAACUUGGGGUGUGAUGAGACCUGGCCGAUGGCGGCGUUCAUGUGCCUGGCGGACGCUGAAGGUCUCGCUUUCGGAAGGAUCCCGUGGGCAGUGUCGACAGCUACCAUCGCGAGCCUCGUAGAAAGAUGCAAAGGCCUGGAGGGCAGCGUGUUGCCGAAGUCGAACAAGUUACCAGAGGUUCUACACUUCUGGGUGGCCAGGCAAAGAGCGUUUAAUCGCACUAGCAGGGGUUCCUCUGACUGGGCUAUUGAGAAGUUCGAAGACUUGUGCCAGGGAGCCGAGCUGAUAGUUGCGUACAUGAACUUUGCUGUAGCGUCUGGUCGUCCUCUGAUGAAUCCUGGCGGUAUUUGA